AUGUCCACCACGCUCAGACAACGAGCCAGCUCCCCCACUGCCAAGGGCGUCGCAGAGAAGGCGCAGGUCGCUCGCGAAGUAGAGGCCAAGGAGGUCGCUGAGGGUCAGAAGUUCAUCGUCCCCAACUUCACCGUCAAGCAGCUUCUCGAUGCCAUCCCGGCUCACUGCUUCCACCGCAAUGGCUGGCGCUCUUCCCUCUACAUCGUCUCGGACCUCACUGCGAUCGGAGCUUGCGCAUACCUCGCUCUCAACAUGGACAGCCUGCUCCUUAACAAGCUGAACAUGUCUGGCGCCGCAUUGACUGCCGCCAAGAUUGCUCUUUGGACCCUUUACACCUUUGUCACUGGUCUCUUCGGUACCGGUAUCUGGAUCAUCGGGCACGAGUGUGGUCACCAGGCCUUCUCGUCUUCCAAGACUGUGAACAACGCCGUCGGAUGGGUCCUCCACUCUUUCGUCCUCGUCCCUUACCACGCUUGGCGUAUCUCUCACGGCCGUCACCACGCCGCCACCGGCCACUUGACCCGCGACGAGGUCUUCGUCCCCAAGACCCGCAAGAUGAGGGGUAUUGAGGAGCCCAAGGAGGAGGGUGAGGUUCAGGGUCUCAACAUCUCUGCUUUCCGCCAACACGAGCUCCGUGAGGCUAUCGAGGAGUCCCCACUCUCGACCCUCUUCAACGCGGUCCUCCAGCAGCUCUUCGGUUUCCCUUCGUACCUCAUCCGCAACGCUGCAGGCCAGAAGCACUACCCCAAGGGCACCAACCACUUCAACCCCGAAGCGAUCAUCUUCAAGCCCCAGCACCGGAUGCAGAUCAUCAUGUCGAACAUUGGUAUCCUCCUCAACUUCGCCACCCUCGCCUACUGGUCAUACCAGCGCUCCUUCUCCGAGAUGUUUGUCAUGUACAUCAUCCCUUACCUCUGGGUCAACAACUGGCUUGUCUUCAUCACCUACCUCCAGCACACCGACCCCGUUCUUCCCCACUACUCUGCAAACAAGUGGACCUUCGCCCGUGGUGCCCUUUGCACGAUCGACCGGAACUUCAUGGGCCCCAUCGGACCUUACAUCUUCCACGGUAUUUGCGAGACUCACGUUGCCCACCACAUCUCGUCCAAGAUCCCUCACUACCACGCAUGGGAGGCAACGGAGGCACUCAAGACCUUCCUCGGCCCGCACUACAUGUACUCGAACGAGAGCAUGUUUGCGUCGUUCUGGAGGUCAUUCCGCGAGUGCAUCUUCAUCGAGGACAACGAAGACAUUGUAUUCUACAAGAACUACGCCGGCGUAGCCAAGUACAUCCCCGUCGAGGAGGGCGGAAACGUCUCGGACUCGGGUGUCGACAUGACCGAGUCCAAGUAG